AGCAGAUAAUGUAAAUAUUCAUUUAUAUUUAUUUAGAAUUUAGAUGAAAAAUAAGUAUACAUACUGAGGUAGCAAAUGAUUUGCUACAAACAAGUUUAAAGGUAAGAUUGAUAGUGACUCUUUAGAAAUCAACAUAUUGAAAAUGAAAAAUAGAUGUUGCCUUAUUCGAAAGAGUAGUGGGAAGUUGAGAAGGAAAAGAUAUUUUAGAAUUCCAUUCGAUAUUUUCAUGAUAAAAUUGAUAAAAAUGAGGAACUAAAAUCGAUGUUCCGAGACCGCUAUCCAAAACUUAAAUUGGAUCUUAAUUAGGAAGUAAGCAUAUAUAUUGAUUAUUAAUUUAGGAUAUAUGGAUGUUUAGUGAUCGAAUGUAAGGAUAUAUAGAGAAGAGAAGAUAAGAUAUUGAGUAGGAUCUUAAAAAGACACAUUAAAAUGAUCCAAAAUAUUUGAGUUUAAAAAUUGAGUUGCUUUUAAUCAAUUCUAAGGAUUUUUAUUUAAAAAUAAAAGAUGCUAUUUUGAAUCCACUUUUAUAAGAAGAAAAUUAAACAGUUUUAUAAUCAAGAAUGUUAGAGAGGUUGUUACUUGAUAGAAAUUAUUUUAAAAGAGAUAAACCAUAAAGAAGACCAGAAAACAAACUAUCAGAUAAGUUUGAAUUAAGUAUGAUAAGACAUGAAUAAGCAAGAAGGAAAAGAAUAAAAUAGAAGGAAUUUAUGUAAGCAAUAUUUGCACAUCAGAUUGAGUUUAUGGAGUUUCAUAGAAAGAAAUAUAAGCAUGCUAGAAAGAGAAGUGUAUAAUUUAAAGUAGUUUUGGAAUAGAAAGAUAUGAAAUAAUAGUAGAUAGAUAAAUAGAUGAGAAUGAAAGAUAUUAAAUAAGGGGAUAUGGUCACUUAUAUCUAAAAAUUAGAGAAGCUUGAUGAAGCUAAAAAGGAAAGAGUUGUAUCUAUUUUAAGAUAAACAGAUUAAUUUUUAAAAGAUAUAGGUGCGAAGGUUAAGAUAUAGAAGGGUGAAGAAAUUACAGAAGAAGAUGAAGUAGUGGAGAAUAACAAUUCAAAUAAUAAUUUAGGUUAUGAACUUAAUUAAGCAAAUAAAGUAUAUUAUAACAUAACACAUCGAAUAAAAGAAAUAGUUACUAAAUAACCUAUGUUAUUAGAAGGAGGAUAAUUAAAACAUUAUUAAGUUUAAGGUUUAGAUUGGUUAGUGAGUUUAUAUAAUAAUAGUUUGAAUGGUAUAUUGGCAGAUGAAAUGGGUUUGGGUAAAACAAUAUAAACAAUUUCUCUAUUAUGUUAUUUGAUAGAAACUAAGAAAAAUUUUGGUCCUUUUUUUAUUAUAGUUCCAUUAUCAACAUUAAGUAAUUGGGCUAAUGAAUUUGAGAAAUGGGCACCAACGAUAAAAAAAGUUAUUUAUAAAGGUUCACCAUAAAUUAGAAAGGAGAUUUCUAAAUAAAUGAGAACAACAAUAUGGAAUAUAUGUCUUACUACAUAUGAGUAUGUAUUGAAAGAUAGAUUAGCAUUAUCUAAAUAUGAAUGGAAAUAUAUAAUAGUUGAUGAAGGACAUAGAAUGAAAAAUUCUAGAAGCAAAUUUGCAAUGAUUUUAGGUUAAUAAUAUUAAAGUGAGAGGAGAUUAUUAUUAACUGGAACUCCUUUAUAAAAUAAUAUAGCAGAGUUAUGGGCAUUAUUGAAUUUCUUAUUACCAAAAGUAUUUUCUUCAUGUGAAGAUUUUGAGAAAUGGUUUUAAAUGCCUUUAAGUAAAAUGGGAGCAAGUGAAAAAGAUUGUUAAUUAGAUGAAGAAGAAUAAUUAUUAAUAAUUAAUAGAUUACAUUAAGUACUUAGGCCAUUUCUUUUAAGAAGAGUAAAGAAGGAUGUAGAAAAAGAAUUACCUCGUAAAACAGAAUAUGUUAUUAAGAUUAAAUUAUCAGCUUGGUAAAAAAAGAUUUAUGACUAAAUAAAUUAAAGAGGUGUAAUGACUUUUGAUUAAUAAUCUGGAAAAAGUGGAUCAUAAGCAUUAUAAAAUUUAAUGAUGUAGUUAAGAAAAAUAUGCAAUCAUCCAUAUCUAUUCAUGUUAAAUUUAGAUAUGAAUAGAAUUACAGAUGAAAUUUGGAGAUCAAGUGGAAAAUUUGAGUUAUUAGAUAGAAUAAUACCUAAAUUAUUAUACUUUAAACAUAGACUAUUAAUAUUUAGUUAAAUGACAUAAUUAAUGGAUAUUAUGGAAGCAUUUUUUGAAUAUAGAGGUUGGAGAUAUUUACGUUUAGAUGGAUCUACAAAAUCAGAGGACAGAGAAGCCAGAAUUAAGUUAUUUAAUUAAGAAAAUUCUAUUUAUAAUAUAUUUCUAUUAAGUACAAGAGCUGGUGGUUUAGGAUUAAAUUUAUAAUCUGCUGAUACUGUGAUUUUAUUUGAUAGUGAUUGGAAUCCUAUGAUGGAUUUAUAGGCUUAAGAUAGAGCUUAUAGAAUUGGAUAGAAAAAUGAAGUAAGAGUUUUAAGGUUAAUUACUGCAACAUAAAUUGAGGGAAAUAUUCUUAGUAAGGCAGAACACAAAAUGGGUUUGGAUGCAAUUAUUAUUUAGGCUGGUUUAUAUAAUUAGAGAUCUACGGAUUAAGAAAGAAGAGAAAGAUUAUAAGAUUUUUUUAGAUAAAAAAAUAAAGUGGAUUUGUUUGAGGCUGAAGAUAUACCUGAUGAUACUUAAAUAAAUGAAUGGAUAGCAAGAAGUGAAGAAGAAUUUGAAAUGUUUAAUGAACUUGAUAGAUAAAGAUAUGAAGAAGAAAAAUUAAUAUAUAAGAACUUCAAUUAAAAUAGAGAUGAUUAAUAUUAUAAUUAUAGAUUAAUUCAAGAUGAUGAAGUACCAGAAUGGAUUACUUCUAAAUAAAAUGAACCUUAAGAAUUUAAAGAAUAUGGUCGAGGUUAAAGAGAAAGAAAAAAAAAUGUUGUUUAUUUUGAUUCUGAAUCUGAUUACUUAUAAGAUGGAAAGGAAUUAGAGGUUAAUGAUAUGGAUUUGAAAAUUGAUGAACAUAUAGAUAUUGAAUAGAAUGAUGUUUUUUAAGAAGAUGAAGAAAAUCCAUAAGAAUUUAAAAAAAUAAAAAAACUUAAAUACAUGAAUAAUGAUGAUCAUGAUCAUGAAAUUAAUAAAUAUUAAAAUGAUGAAAUUGAAGAUGAUAUUGAACCUAAAUUAAAAAUUAAACGAAAACUUAAUUGA